UUGGGUAUAUAAAGGCGCCGUAGAAGAUGGAAGGCAAGCACAGUUGCUUGGUUCUAUCAAAAGCAGCAACAUGAAGUUUCUGGUUUGCGCUGUAUUCUUAGUAGCCGCUUCUUCGGCGUAUGCUAAAGAUGCCAAAGAGGAGAAGAAGAACGAUAAAAGAGGGUUGGACCUUUCACUUGGCGGUGGUGAUUUUGGAGGACAUGGUGGUGGAUUUGGAGGUGGUGAUUUAGGUGGAGGAUUUGGAGGAGGACACGACUUUGGAGGUGGAUUGGGAGGAGGUUUUGGAGGAGGAUAUGGCGGAGGAAUUGGAGGAGGAAUCGGUGGUGGAGAUGAUGGACAUGGAAAAAUCACCCACAUCACUCUUCAUAAACAAAUCCCAAUUCACACCCCAGUACCAGUACCUGUACCAGUUGAAAAAACAAUCAAAGUCCCAGUUAAAGUUCCAGUAGCAGUUCAUGUUGACAAACCAUACCCAGUUCAUGUACCUAAACCAUACCCAGUUCACAUUGAUAAACCAGUACCAUACCCAGUUGAAAAAACCAUCAAAGUACCAGUUAGUGUACCAGUUAAAAUCCCAGUCCCAGUAAAAGUACCAGUUCAUGUUCCACAACCUUACCCAGUUAAAGUACACAAACCAGUCCCAGUUCCAGUUCACGAAACCGUCUACGUCAAAAAACCAGUACCAGUCAUCAUCCACACUGGAGGACAUGGCGAUGAUGGUGGUUUUGGAGGUGGACUUGGAGGAGGAUUCGGUGGAGGACAUGGUGGAUUCGGUGGUGGAAUCGGAGGAGGUUUCGGAGGUGGACACGGUGGAUUUGGAGGUGGAUCCAGCGGUGGACAUGAUUUCGGAGGCAGCUCCUUCGGUGGUAGCUCUUUCGGAGGCAGCUCCUACGGCGGAAAAUACAUCAUAAUGAUGUCUCUUGCCUUCGUGGCAAUAGCUACUCAACCAAAAAAACGAGGCAUUGAUUCUGGUUAUGGAUCAAGUGGAGGUGGUGGAUCUUAUGGAUCGUCGGGUGGAGGAAGUUCAUAUGGAUCGUCCGGAGGUGGAUAUGAUGGUGGUUCUAUAGAUAUUGGAAGCAGUGGUCAUGGAGGUGGAGAUAUUGGAGGAGGAUUUGGGGGUGGAUCUGGAGGGGGAUACGGGGGAGGAUCUGGAGGAGGAUAUGGAGGAGGAUACGGGGGUGGAUUUGGAGGAGGUUUUGGAGGAGGAUUUGGAGCUGGAGGUGGAGGAGGCGGUGGAGGAGAUGGUCAAAUUGUUUCUGUUGAAGACAACGGAAGAGUUAAUCAUGUCACUCUUCAUAGAGAAGUUCCAGUUCACACUGCUGUCCCGAUUCCAAUUCCAAUUGAAAAGAAAGUACCUUACAUCGUAAAAGUUCCAGUGGCUAUUAAAGUAGACAAACCAGUUCCGGUUCAUGUCGCUAAACCAUACAAAGUUCUCAUCGAGAAACCAGUACCUUUCCCAGUUGAAAAAACCAUUAAAGUACCAGUCAAUGUGCCAGUCAAAAUUCCCGUUCCCGUAAAAGUUGCCAUUCCAGUUCCAAAACCAUUCCCUGUAAAAGUCUCGAAACCCGUUGCUGUUCCAAUCCACGAAACCGUCUAUGUUAAAAAACCAGUACCAGUAAUCGUUCAAUUAGGACAUGGAGGUGGUGGAGGAUCUGGAGGAUUCGGAGGUGGUUUUGGAGGUGGAUUCGGAGGCGGUUACGGCGGAGGACAUGGAGGGAGCUUUGGGGGAUCGAUUGGUGGCGGUCAUGGAGGAGGCUUUGGAGGUUCUAUCGGAGGAUCUAGUGGAGGAAGCUUUGGAGGUGGCCAUGGAGGAGGUUUUGGCGGAUCGAUUGGAGGAGGCCAUGGUGGAAGUAUUGGAGGCGGUUACGGGGGAUCUGUUGGAGGUGGCCAUGGAGGAAGCUUUGGAGGUUCUAGUGGAGGAAGUUUCGGAGGUGGCCAUGGAGGAGGUUUUGGAGGUUCUUCUUCGUACGGCGGUAGCUCUGGUGGAUUCAGCAGCAGCGGAGAAAUGGUUGCCAUUAUUCCUCUAGGAGCAGAAUCCCGAUUAAGUAUUAACAUUCACACACAAAUCACCAUGAAAUUCUUAGUACCUUUAUUCUUCGUGUUGGGUUUAACCCUAGCUCAAGAGUUGCAGAGGGAAAAACGUGGAGUUCAUGGUGUACAAGUAAUCACACAAAAGAUCCCUUAUCCGGUUUACAAGAAGGUCCCUUAUCCUGUAGUCAGCAAAGUACCAUUCCCAGUGAAGGUUCCAGUUCCGUAUCCAGUCACAAAAACCGUAACAGUACCAAUACCUCAACCGUAUCCAGUUCAAGUAACAAAACAAGUCAGAGUUAACGUUCCAGUUGAUCGACCAGUUCCAGUACCAGUAAAGGUACCAGUUCAUAUCCCAGUACCCCAUCCAUACCCAGUUAGUGUACCAAAACCAUACCCAAUUGAAUUGGAAAAAACCAUCUCUAUUCCACAACCUUAUCCAGUUUACGUUGAAAAUACCGUACCAAUUAUUACAAAAGUACCAGUUUUUAUUGGUGGACACGGAGGUGGAUUUGAUGAUGACUUUGGGUCACACAAAUUCAAUGUGUUGAGGCAAAAUUACACGAAAAACAUUGAAUCUCCGAAGAGGAAGAAAUCGAACAGCAAACAGAAAGAUUAUGAGAAAGUUUGUGGCGAUGAAGAUAUAGUUGAUGUUAAAACAGGAGAUGAAGUAAAAGUUGUGCUAGAACAAAUUAUUUCAGAAUUAAAACCUCAAGUUGAAGUAACCAAAGAUGAUGAAUUAUCUGCAGAUGCUAAAAUAAAAGAAUCGGAAUUCUGGCAUCAGAAAAAGCAACGUGAGCGGAAAUUCCAACUGCAAUUUGACAACAGUUUGGUCAAUUGCGGUCUGGGUCUAAUAUUAACAAUGAAAAUUAAAAUUGUACUGUUAGUGGCCCUUUUUGGGGUCGGUUUAGCUAAAAAAGAAGAAGCGAAAAAGGUCGAAGACAAAAAACAAGAUAAAAGAGGUCUUUACGAUUUGGGAUAUGGGGGUGGACAUGAUUUUGGAGGUGGUUUAGAAUUGUCAGGACAUGGUUUAGAUUUGGGUGGAUUAGAUCUUGGUGGCCACGGAGGAGGUUUGGCUUUAGGAGGACAUGGUGGAGGAUUUGGCGGAGGAUUUGGUGGAGGUUAUGGUGGAGAUGGACACGGCCACAUCAAACAUAUAACCCUCCAUAAAACAAUCCACGUUCCAGUACCACACCCAGUACCUGUUCCAGUAAUUAAGAAAGUACCCGUUGCUGUACCAUACACCGUUAAAGUACCAGUUGAUAAACCAUAUCCAGUACAUGUACCUAAGCCAUACCCAGUUCAUAUUGAUAAACCUUAUCCAGUACCAGUUGAAAAAACUGUUAAAGUACCUGUAAGUGUGCCAGUUAAAGUACCUGUUCCAGUAAAGGUACCAGUCCAUGUUCCUCAUCCUGUACCUUAUCCAGUUCAUAAACCAAUUCCAGUACCAAUCAAAGAAACCAUCUAUGUUAAGAAACCCGUACCAGUUUACAUUAAAGCCCAUGGACAUGGUGAUGAUUUAGGAGGUGGUUUUGGAGGAGGAUUCGGUGGUCACUACGGAGGAGGUCUUGAAUUAGGUGGAUAUGGAGGUGGUUUCGAUGGUGGCCAUAGUUUUGGAGGUGAUUUUGGAGGAUAUCAUCAUUAAGAAAAAAUUUUGAUUAUCUCGAGCUUGUCAUCAGUAUUUUAGUAUCUCGCUGUACUCAAUAAUGAUUAUUUUGUAAAUAUUUUUUGUGUAAAAUGUAUUUAUAAAUAAAUUAAGUUAAAACCUAAAA